GUAAACCAUUUUCAGUUUCCUGGUUUUCUGCUUAAAUUGGUCAUGAAAUGUGAUCUGAUCUUCACCAAAGUCACACAUCAGCAAACACAAUAUCUCUAAGCUGAUAAAACAGUCAUGAUCUUUCAUGUCUUUACUGAACACACUAAUGAAACAUAGAAAGUGAUGGUGGAAAAAGUAAAGGAAACAGUGCUUUAAUAACUGGUUGAACCACCUUUGACAGCAAUAACCUCAAGUAAGCGCUUCCUGUAGCUCCGAAUUAGACCUCCAAACCGUCCAGGACCAUUCUUCCUUAUAGAACUGUUUUAGCUUACCCAUAUUCUUUGGAUGUCUGGUGUAAAUGGCUCUCUUGAGGUCAUACCACAGCAUCUCUGUUGGGUUGAGGUCUGGGCACUCCAAUAGGUGGAUUUUAUGUGUCUGGAGCCAUUCUGUAGUAGAUUUACUUUAGUGUUUAGGGUCAUUAUCCUGCUGCAUUACCCAGCUUGAGCUUCAGCUUAUGGACAGCCACCUUUAGGAUAUCCAGAUAAACUUGGGAAUUCAUUUUCCCCUUCACAAUGGCAAGCAGUCCCAAACCAUGAUGCUCCCUCCACCAUACUUCACUGUUGGGAUGGUGUUUCCAUGUUGCUACGUGGUUUUCUUUUUACGCCAUACAUAGUGCUGCAUGUUCUUCCCAAACGAUUCUAUUUUUGUUUCAUCUGUCCACAAUACAUUUUCCCAGUAGUGUUGUGGAGUGUCCAUGUGGGCUUUUUCAAACUGCAGUGUAUUUUUUUUUUUGGAGAGCAGUGGUUUCCUUCAUGGUGUCCUUCCACGGAUACCAUUCCUGUUCACUGUUUUGCGUAUGGUUGACUCAUGAACGGAGAUGUUUAACUAGCUUUAACUCUUGGGGUUUUUCACCUCAAUGAGCACUCUGCCUUUGGAGUGAUCUUGGCUGGGUGUCCACUUCUAUGGAGAGUAGCCACAGUACCAUAUCGUUUCCUGUUUAUAGAUAAUUUGUCUAACUGUGGACUGAUGAGCAUGUAAAGUCUUUGCGAUUACUCUGUAAGCCUUUCUAGCUACAUGCAUAUCAACAACCAUGCCCUAUCAGAGGGCAUUAAUGUGAGAGGAAAAUGAAGCCUGUAGCUUUGCACAUUAUAAUAUUAUAAUAUAAUAAUAGAAUUAAACCCCACACAUUUACGUUAGAUAAGUUAAACAAAAAAAUCAGUGUAAUUCUCAUCUGGAAAAAUACCAUGUGGGUGUAUACAGUAAUAUUUAUAGUAGUAGUAAUGUAUAGAAAUGUAACUGAUGCUGGUGCUGCAGUAUGUAUGUGUACAUUUGUGGAUUUAUCCAUCCUGAACCGCUAGAGGGCGCUGAGUCUCUAACAUUUACUGGUUAUUAUUAAACAUCUGCCUUUCAUUCUGUUACCUAUAGAUGACAGUGCAUACUCCAGAUGUUUUAUUUUAUUUAUUUAAAUAAGUGUUCACUUGUUUUAUUUAAUGAUCAAGGCUCAAACUUUCUCAAGUUGUGCACUAUGUAGAGAGAGCAGGGUUCGGUCUGUGCCUGUGUGUGGGUCUCGUUCUGAUUCCUAGCCUCUUCCAUCUAAGAAGUGUGCAGUGGUAGGGUAAAUAUGAGGCUAAAUUUGAUGUAGCGCUUUUAAUAGUGUAAUAAAAUGAUAAUAGUUGUUUAUCUGUUUUUAAGAAUUAAAUUGGGGUUAAGGAGAUGGCUGAGCUCGACUGGUUCACUGAUAGGAGCAAGAUGUUCAGUUUACAUUAUAUAGAGAUUUUAAUAUUUUACAGAAAUAUGAUUAAAACUGUAUGUGUGUUCUUAGGACUUGAUCUGCUUGACCGAACCCUGUCCUUUUCAGUUUCUAUCAGACAAAGAUUGAUGAAUUCUAUAAACAGCUUUAGCAAGAAACAGAUUCUGCUAUAACAGUAAAAUGUAGGAAUUAGAGUGGAGACUGUGAGCCAGACCUUCUCGUCCAACAUCAGUGCCUGACCUCACAAAUACACUUCUAGCGGAAUGGUUAAAAAAAUUCCCAUAAACACACUCCUAAACCUUGUGGAAAGCCUUCCCAGAAGAGUUGAAGCUGUUAUAGCUGCAAAGUGCGGGACAACUCCAUAUUACAUUCAUGUGCAUGUAAAGGCAGACGUCCCGGUUUUGUCCUGGCUCUCAGUCUCCGCUCUAAUUCACCCCAAAGGUGUUCUAUGGGGUUGAGGUCAGGACUCUGUGCAGGCCAGUCAAGUUCCUCCACACCAAACUCACUCAUCCAUGUCUUUAUGGACCUUGCUUUGGUCACUGGUGUGCAGUCAUGUUGGAACAGGAAGGGGUCAUCCCCAAACUGUUCCCACAAAGAGCAUGAAAUUGUCCAAAAUGUCUUGGUAUGAAGCUGAAGCAUUAAGAGUUCCUUUCACUGGAACUAAGGGGCCGAGCCCAACCCCUGAAGAACAACACCUGAAUUCAAUGAUUUGGAGGGGUGUCCCAAAACGUUUGGCAAUAUAGUAUAUCUACACAUCAUCCAUUUAUUUUCAUCUCAACCUUUCACAGGAUGCCGUGUAAACGAUUUCUAAACACAACACUUGAAACACUUUUUUUUUCUUUCAGCACACCUAUUACUCACAUAAUCACCUGGUGUGAUGAAAGGAGAUCUAAAAAUACGUGAGAUUUUGGUAACUUGUCAGCUUUUGGUCUCGCCGCCCAUCUUCAGGAACUUGCAGCUGUUUAUUUGUAUCAGCAUGAGUUUAGUGUUUCAGCUCCAAAAGCCAGCAGCUGCUCCUCUCGUGCUUUCAACAACGGUACACACACACACACACACACACACACACACAAAACACUGAGGUGUUUCGCUUGAAUGUCAGUCUGAUCAGCUUUCUAUUGAAGUCUUCAGCCACAGCCUGGAGAUGCAUCACGCAGGAGUCUCUCUACUUCCCGGGAUUUUUCUUCUUCUAGUCGGUCUAGGUCCAGGUCCAGGUCAGUGCUCUCCUGAUGAGAUGAAGCUGGUAAAGGAUCUAUUUAAAGGCUAUAACAAGGUGGUUCGUCCCGUCAACCAUUUCAAUGAGGCCGUGGAGGUGACUGUCGGGCUGCAGCUCAUCCAGCUCAUCAAUGUGGAUGAAGUGAAUCAGAUCGUCACCAGUAACGUGCGAGUCAAGCAGCAAUGGAAGGAUGUGAAUCUGAAGUGGAAUCCGGACGACUAUGGAGGCAUCAAGAAGAUUCGAAUUCCCUCCACCGACAUCUGGAAACCAGAUUUAGUGCUUUAUAACAAUGCUGAUGGAGACUUCGCCAUCGUGCAUGAGACGAAGGUUUUGCUGGAAUACACCGGACUGAUCACGUGGAAUCCUCCGGCGAUCUUUAAGAGCUACUGUGAGAUCGUUGUAGUUUAUUUCCCCUUCGACCUGCAGAACUGCAGCAUAAAGCUUGGUAUAUGGACCUACGAUGGCAACCUGGUCGUCAUCAACCCGGACAGCGAUCGUCCAGACCUCAGUAACUUCAUGGAGAGCGGCGAGUGGGUGAUGAAGGACUACCGGAGCUGGAAACACUGGGUUUAUUAUGCAUGUUGCCCAAACACACCAUAUCUGGACAUCACCUAUCACUUCCUGAUGCUGAGACUGCCGUUGUACUUCAUCGUCAACGUCAUCAUCCCCUGCAUGCUCUUCUCCUUCCUCACCAGCCUUGUCUUCUACCUCCCCACCGACUCGGGUGAGAAGAUGACCCUCAGUAUCUCUGUCCUGCUGUCUCUCACUGUGUUCCUCCUGGUGAUCGUCGAGCUGAUCCCGUCCACCUCCAGUGCCGUCCCGCUCAUCGGCAAAUACAUGCUCUUCACCAUGAUCCUCGUCAUCGCCUCCAUCAUCAUCACCGUCAUCGUCAUCAACACGCACCACCGCUCUCCCAGCACACAUACCAUGUCUCCCUGGGUCCGCAAGAUCUUCAUCGAUACCAUUCCGAACUUCAUGUUCUUCUCCUCCAUGAAGCGGCCGUCUCAGGAGCGGAGAACCAGACCCUCUUUUCCUAAAGACUUGGACAUCUCGGACAUCUCCGGAAAACCCGUGCCGACUUCCGUGACGUUCCAUUCGCCCCUCAUCAAAAACCCGGACGUUCAGAGCGCCUUAGAGGGUGUCAAGUACAUCGCCGAGACCAUGAGGGGUGACGAGGAGUCGAACAACGCUGCUGAGGAGUGGAAGUUCGUAGCCAUGGUUCUGGAUCACAUUCUGCUCUGCGUGUUCAUGUCCGUGUGUAUCGUCGGGACGAUCGGAGUCUUUGCCGGACGCCUCAUAGAGCUCAACAUGCUGUGACCCAGAAAAGGCCCAAAGUGAAGCCUGGGGCUGGAGUUCAGCACUAUUUGCCAUCACACAGCUUUCUGCUGGGCUGCACUAGCAGCGACGUCUGCCUGUUUUUCGGAUGCUGGAGACUAGUUUACUGCAGAAAGCUCAGAUUCAUGCUCAUUUCCAAAUUACUUUAAAGAAAACUCCACCCUGAAUCUUAUACCAUAUUUAACACCGUACAAAAUUUCGAUUCUUGAGAGUCUAAACUUUCUUCAUGUUGGUCUCACCUUCACUUCAUGCUUACCCACAGCGAUGCAGCGGCGCUUUAUCGCUUCAGUGUAUCCAGCAGCUCUUUCACCUAUUUACGCUAAUAAUAUCAGCAUCGGCUUUAUCGUCCCCGUUGUCUCGUAGAUAGAUAGAUUUUCUGGAAACUUUCAGUUCAACGUCUCCGCUCCGUCUAUCAUGGGUUGGAUGUUGAGUGAGAAGGGAAUUAAACCGACUUCUCACAGAGAUGUAGUAGCGCAACAUUGCUAAACCCAUGAACAUUUCAACAUAUAUGAGUUUCAGGGUGGAGUUUUUCUUCAAUAGCGCAAUUUUCUUUCUUUUCUUUUCUUUUCUUUUCCGUUCUUCACGGUUUAUUGGUAGCGGUUUGAUGGCCGUGUGUGAACAGGUUGCAUUUGUUUAAAACGGUUAUUUUUUCUCGUUUUUUAACGUUUGUAUCCUCAAAGUAAAUGUUGAUAUCAAACCCGUUUCUGCUCUCUGAGUUCUUGUUCAUCUAAAAAGCAGCUCAAAUUUGAUCUUCAACCAAGGAAAUUUCAUUUCUAGGGGAAGUUUAUCCGACAGAGGGAAAUCAGACGUCUAAAACACAACGGAAGACUCGUUUUAGAUCAGACUCGCUGCGACUAACUGCUCACAGAGGUUUUUUCUUCAAUAUUGCAAGUUUCUUUCUUUCUUUCUUUCUUGUCUUUUCUUCACGGUUUAUUGGUGGCAGUUUGAUGGCCGUGUGUGAACAGGUUGCAUUUGUUUGAUAUUUGGUUCUGGGUUGAAUAUUUAUGGUCAGGAAUGCUCAAGAUGGUGUUUUUUUUAUUUUAUUUGAAUAAAUAAUUGACUUUUAGGAGUCCUGAGCAUUUUACAAGGCAGAUGUUUAAUGUUUGGGUUUGAAAUCGCAGUUCUGCAUGUAUGUAUUUGUAAUGUAUUAUAUCUUUUUUUUUUUUAAAGUUAGUAGGAGCACGGUCCAGUUGAUCAGGACAGUGGAGCGAUUUUUUUGUAUCUUUAACCUAAACCUUGCUUUUGCAUAGAAGGGGUCAUUUACAAUUGUAUACAAUUGCUUCUUCACAAUAAACAGACCCUCUGAACCCCUCCAAAAACCCCUAGGUGUACCCCUGCCUUUCGCCCAGUGUGUGCUGGGAUAGACCCUAAUUAGGAAUAAAGCGGGUAUAGAAAAUGGAUGAAUACAAAAUACAGAUACAGUGUGAACCUGCCUGUUAAUGAUGGGGUCUAAGGUGACACUCUAGAGUGACACUCCAGACUGAACUUUUCACUGGGCAUUAUUUCUUAAACUCUUGCUGGGUUUUUUUUUUUUUUUUUUAAUUAUUAUUAAUAAUAUUUUGUUAUGACAUUGUUUUGUUGUUUUUUUUCCACAUGAUCGAGUUUUGUCGUUAAUGCAGACUUGAAGGUGUGGUCUCUUGAAGCUUGUGUGGCUUUGAUUUUUCCUCAAAAUGACCACCCUGACCUCUACAGUCAUGUCAAUUCCUGGUUUUCAGUAAAAAAAAAAAAAAAAAGUAUGAAGUGAAUGAUUUUGUGCUGAAUUUUUCUUUCUUAUCGUAUUGCGUGCACAAGGAUGGUGAAAAAUGGUUAUUUUGACAUUUCCGAGUUAAUCAAAGGGUUUUGUAAAUGAAAUCACUUUAAUAGGUUGAAUGAAUAAAAACAUUUAAUAGGUUUGCGUGGUGAGUAUUGUUUUUUCACCAAAUACACUAUGUUGCCAGAUGUUUUGGGACACCGCUCCAAAUCACUGAAUUCAGGUGUUGUUUUUCAGGGGUUGGACUCGGCCCCUUAGUUCCAGUGAAAGGAACUCUUAAUGCUUCAGCUUCAUACCAAGACAUUUUGGACAAUUUCAUGCUCCCAACUUUGUGGGAACAGUUUGGGGAUGACCCCUUCCUGUUCCAACAUGACUGCACACCAGUGACCAAAGCAAGGUCCAUAAAGACAUGGAUGAGUGAGUUGGGUGUGGAGGAACUUCACUGGCCUCAACCUGAUCUUGGUUUGACUGGCCUGAAUCUUCUCGUCCAACAUCAGUGCCUGACCUCACAAAUGUGCUUCUAGAGGAACGGUCAAAAAUUCCCAUAAACACACUCCUAAACCUUGUGGAAAGCCUUCCCAGAAGAUUUGAAGCUGUUAUAGCUGCAAAGUGCAGGACAACUCCAUAUUACAUUCAUGUGCAUGUAAAGGCAGACGUCCCAGUUUUGUCCUGGCUCGCAGUCUCCACUCUAAUUCAUCCCAAAGGUGUUCUAUGGGGUUGAGGUUAGUCAAGUUCCUCCACACCAGACUCACUCAUCCAUGUCUUUAUGGACCUUGCUUUGUGCACUGGUGUGCAGUCAUGUUGGAACAGGAAGGGGUCCAACCCCUGAAAAACAACACCUGAAUUCAAUGAUUUGGAGGGGUGUCCCAAAAACUUUUGGCAACAUAAUGUACAUUUAGGAUAAAAUGUUUUAACAUGUUUAUGAAAAUUGUUUUUGUUUUUUUGUUUUCAAUUUGCAAUAAAAUCUUGGUUACGUAACGUGU